AACUUUGUUCAGGGCACACACCAACACCGCCGCCGCAGUUUGAUUAUUUUGCUAUUUGAAGCAAACAAAUUGUUAGAGAAGUGACGGGCUCGCAAUCCGUGGCGCCGUUGCCGCCGGGUCGCUGGUCGCUGGCUGCCUAUGGCAGAUCGGCACCGAUGUCUUGUACUCCUUGAACGUAGGAGUUGCCUACCACAACAUACCACAAUAUGCUAAACGAAAUCGCAAUCACAAUCGCAAUCGAAAUCGAAAUCGAAGUUAAAGUUCAUUUAAAAAUAAGAGCGUAUACGAAUUGGAGACAAUAAGUACAAAAAAAUUUGAAUUAAUAUAUGUGUUAUUAAAUCAACAAAAGUAAUACAAAUACAAAUUUCAAAUCUAAGAUAAUACCAUACCAUACAAACAAAAUUCCAUAACAAGCCCGCCGAAAUCUGAUGAUGCCUCCAACUCGGAAACACAAUUGUAACGUAGUGUAAUCUAGUAGAUUUAAAGUGGAACAAGAAAAUACAUCAAUAUGUACAAGUACAAAAUCCAACAACGAAAUAAACAACAACAUACUUAGCUUAUACAUGAGGUUAUGACAGUGAAUAAAUAACAUACAUAAAUAGUCAAUUGUUCAGUGCUUUUUCGGUUUGAUUUAUCCAAUGAGAAUUACAUAUACAUAUGUAUGUGCUAUAAUCGCGAAGAAAUCGGAGAGCAACUGAGAGAGCAUUUGCCCAAAAAUCUCAAUACGCUUUACAAAUAAUAAUAAUCAUUACGAUAAUUAUACAAAAUGAUGCUAACAACAGAACACAUUAUGCAUGGACAUCCCCAUUCAUCCGUCGGAGUGGGGAUGGGCCAAAGUGCACUAUUCGGAUGCUCGACAGCGGGACACAGCGGAAUUAACCAGCUAGGAGGCGUCUAUGUGAACGGAAGACCUCUGCCUGAUUCCACACGCCAAAAGAUUGUCGAGCUGGCACAUUCGGGCGCACGUCCAUGUGAUAUUUCUCGAAUACUUCAAGUUUCCAAUGGCUGCGUUAGCAAAAUCUUGGGCAGAUAUUAUGAAACUGGAUCGAUAAAACCUCGAGCGAUAGGUGGUUCAAAGCCACGAGUGGCUACUACGCCCGUCGUUCAAAAAAUUGCCGAUUACAAAAGAGAAUGUCCGAGCAUAUUUGCUUGGGAAAUUCGGGAUCGGCUGCUUUCGGAGCAAGUAUGCAAUAGUGAUAAUAUUCCAAGCGUUUCAUCUAUUAAUCGGGUGCUGCGCAAUUUAGCGUCGCAGAAGGAGCAGCAGGCCCAGCAGCAAAACGAGUCCGUGUAUGAAAAGUUACGAAUGUUUAAUGGACAAUCCGGCGGAUGGGCUUGGUACCCGGGAAAUACGACGACGGCGCACUUGGCACUGCCACCCACGCCCACGGCGGUGCCAACGAAUCUAUCUGGACAGAUAAACCGAGAUGAGGCUCAAAAGCGCGACCUCUAUCCAGGUGAUCUGUCGCAUCCGAAUUCACAUGAGAGUACAUCAGAUGGCAAUUCUGAUCACAAUUCUUCCGGCGACGAGGACUCGCAAAUGCGUCUACGACUGAAACGUAAAUUACAGCGAAAUCGGACUUCAUUUACAAACGAGCAAAUAGACAGCUUGGAAAAAGAAUUCGAACGGACGCAUUAUCCGGAUGUUUUCGCACGGGAGAGGCUUGCAGAAAAAAUUGGUUUGCCAGAGGCACGUAUUCAGGUUUGGUUUUCAAACCGACGAGCCAAAUGGCGUCGGGAGGAAAAGCUGCGCACUCAAAGACGCUCAGUCGAAAAUGUUGGAGGUGGCAACAGCGGCCGCACAAGCACAAAUAAUCCCUCCGGAGGCACUGGCCCUGCCAAUGGUACCACGGCAAACAGCUCGACGCCCGGAAUUGCAGGCUCCGCUGUUUCAGAGGGAGCAUCGGCAGCUCACGCAGGCAACAACAACAACAACAACCUAGCUGAAUCCUCAAAUGGGCCGACAAUACACGGCGGCGAUGCUGGCAAUGCACAUACCAACUCCGAUAGCCCACCUUUGCAGGCCGUAGCACCCCGCUUACCCUUAAACACUGGUUUCAACACAAUGUACUCAUCGAUCCCGCAACCAAUCGCAACCAUGGCAGAAAGCUACAACUCUAUGACGUCAUCAUUAAGUUCAAUGACGCCCACAUGCUUGCAACAAAGGGAUAGUUAUCCAUAUAUGUUUCACGAUCCCCUAUCCCUGGGAUCUCCCUAUGGUGCCCACCCUCGGAACACAGCAUGCAACCCAGCAGCAGCUCACCAGCAGCCACCACAACAUGGGGUCUAUGGCAACGGCUCCGCAGUAAGCACAGCCAAUACAGGUGUAAUAUCUGCUGGCGUUUCGGUACCUGUACAAAUAUCGACUCAAAAUGUCUCUGAUUUGACAGGCAGCAAUUAUUGGCCGCGACUUCAGUGAUCUUCAAUCUUUAAUUUGCCAACAGAUCUGCUUUCAAAGGCCGCAGCGGCGGCUGCUGUGGCUGUCGCGCAUGUUUGCGAAGAACAAGCACAUACAGUUGCCGGUUGUAGUAAACCGUCUAUGGAUAACCCACCAAUGCUAUUGCCACAAAUGGCACCAAGCUCAUCCCUCUACUUCAAUUUGACCGAAUCAACAAUGGGUCAGAACCUAACGCCACCUACCACACCGUCCGUAACAUCCCCACCCCCGAUGCCCCCAAUGAGUGCCGGAACGGGAACGGGAACGAGAACGGGAACGGGCUCUAGUUUUCAUCCCAAUGCCCAAUCUCAAGUAUUUCAGCAUCCCUUCCAUUCGUCAUCCUACAGUCAUCCUCUUUUCUAACACAACGAAUCAAUGCAAGAAUUAGUCAUCUCAAAGAGAGUUUUCUUAAGUCAAAAUAUUUUGUGUAUGGAUUAAAGUAAAUUAUCGAUAAACACUAAAAACAAUCAUUUCUUACAUACAAUAUUAUUUGAACAAAAUACUAGCGAAUAUUGAGAAGAACCCAAGAAAUGAUCCUGAUAUAAGCUCGAAUAUUUUAAUUAAUAUAUAUGAAAUUUGUAAAUAGCACGCUUCAAUUUAGUUCUUGUCUCUCGAAAAGUACUUGCUGGUAAUUAAUGUUCAGUUAAGUUGUUUAUAAAGUUCUAAUUAAAUUUAAUUUAAAUAGAGUCUUGAAUUAAUUUGGUCAUUCCCAACUCCCAAUUUCCAAUUUGAUGAGGACACAGAUUAAGGUUUUUUUCCUGAGAGAUAAAACAAAUGUAACCCAACUUGAUUUAUUGUACAUGUAGGUUAAAAUAAUAAUGAUAAACAUGAGGAUAGCAAAGAUUCAUAUUUUCCGAGAGUAAAGCAGCUCAACUUCAUUUUUGUACAUAGGUUAAAAUAAGAAAUUCUACUUCGGCUACGUGUGGUACUUAAAAAGUUAAGAAUUUCCAGUUCAUCUAUGAUUAAGUCUCAAAUAUUAUUAAGCCAAAAGAUACCAUAGAUUAUCACUCUCCAGAGGGGAGAAGAAUACCUUACGAAUACAAAUAUAAUCGAAAAGAAUUGCAACGAAACUUAUUAUUCAAUUCUACAAAUUAUAACCACGCCAAGGCCAACCAUUCAUUUCGAACACCUCCCUAGUAUAAGACUCAUUAAGUUAAAUAAAAUGAAUGCAAAUUAUUAAAUAAAAUAAAAAACAAAUAAAAAA